UCCAAUAUUAUUAUUCUAGACAUGUUUGCAUAACACUGUUGCGUUGGUGACACUGUAAGCCUGCCGGAGCUAUUCAAGGCACUUCUGGGUGUCACGGACACGAAUGUUGACAGCAGGGUUAGUCCGGUGCAGGGCGCAUUAAUUCAGUUCCGGGCACUCCACAUAAACUCCCUCCCGCCGGCAGCAAACCUAGGCCAGGGAAGGCGCGGGGCUCGUAGCAUUUGACAGUUGGCCGUCGUCGUUGGACGUCAAGAAGCAAGCAGCAAGCAGGACGAGGAGAGAGAGAGAUUCAGCUACAUCCAGGGUCCGAACUCCGUGCAGCAAGAGAAUAUUAUCGGGAGCGGCGGUCCCGCUGUUGGCUCUGAUCUGAUCUAGACCCAGGGGGGAACCUUGCGAGAUGGCGUUUUCCGUGCUGAACGCCGUAGCACGACGUGCGUGCGCUUCGAGUGUUUAUGUAACAGGCAGCAGCAGCAACGGCCUACUGCAGAAAGCGGCCGUUUUAUAUAAUGAGCAACCGGUGCGGUGCGCAGGGAAAUGGUUCCCGGACGAGCAAUUCAUCGAGCAGUUCAAGGGACCAGUGAUGUACCCGGACGAGGUAACAUCGCGCUGGAAGCUUCCACCGUGGAACAGCAAGAUCGCACCGGUGGAGAAGACGGUCCGCAACCUGAGCCUCAACUUCGGGCCCCAGCACCCGGCAGCUCACGGUGUGCUCCGACUGGUGCUCGAGCUGGACGGUGAGACGGUGAUGCGAGCCGAUCCGCACAUCGGCCUGCUACACCGCGGCACCGAGAAGCUGAUCGAGUACAAGACCUACACCCAGGCACUGCCGUACUUUGACCGGCUCGACUACGUUUCGAUGAUGUGCAACGAGCAGUGCUACUCGCUGGCGGUGGAGAAGCUACUCAACAUCGAUAUCCCGCUGCGCGCAAAGUACAUCCGCGUGCUGUUUGGCGAGAUCACGCGCAUCCUCAACCACAUCAUGGCGGUCGGUACGCACGCACUGGACGUCGGUGCGCUCACACCGUUCUUCUGGCUGUUCGAGGAACGCGAGAAGAUGAUGGAGUUCUACGAGCGCGUGUCGGGGGCGCGUAUGCACGCGGCCUACAUUCGCCCCGGUGGCGUAUCGCAGGAUCUACCGCUCGGUCUGCUCGACGACAUCUACGAGUUCGCGUCCAAGUUUGCCGAGCGACUGGACGAGGUCGAGGACGUGCUGACGACAAACCGCAUCUGGGUGCAGCGCACCGUUGAUAUCGGCAUCGUGUCGGCCGAGGAUGCGCUCAACUAUGGCUUCAGUGGUGUUAUGCUGCGCGGUUCCGGCAUCAAGUGGGACUUGCGCAAGGCUCAACCGUACGAUGCAUACGAUCGGGUGGAAUUCGAUGUGCCGAUCGGCACCAAGGGUGACUGCUACGAUCGCUACCUGUGCCGAGUGGAGGAGAUGCGUCAGUCGCUGCGUAUCAUCGACCAGUGCCUGAACCAGAUGCCGGCCGGCGAAAUCAAGACGGAUGAUGCAAAGCUAACGCCACCGUCCCGCGCCGAGAUGAAGCACUCGAUGGAGGCGCUCAUCCACCACUUCAAGCUGUUCACGCAGGGCUACCAAGUGCCGCCCGGUGCGACGUAUACCGCGGUGGAGGCACCGAAGGGCGAGUUCGGCAUCUACCUGGUGUCGGAUGGCUCCAGUAAACCGUAUCGCUGCAAGAUCAAGGCCCCCGGUUUCGCCCAUCUGGCGGCGCUCGAUAAAGUCGGCCGUCACCACAUGCUAGCCGACGUCGUUGCCAUCAUCGGAACGCUCGAUGUCGUGUUCGGCGAGAUCGAUCGCUAAACUAGGUGGAUACCGGACACGGCACCGCCCUCUUCCUAUCCCCUCUUAAUUAUUAUCCACUACUUAUUAUCUGUUAUUGUCCUCUUGUCGGCUCGUGAAAUUGACCGUUACUAAAUUCUUUCACUUCACAAAUGAAGCGGCACAUUAAUUGCCAUCUGCAGCCCUACAUUGUUAGUCAGAGGUGUCGCGGUGUCCCGUAGGGGUUCGCAGGAAAGAAAACCGCCCGUCACCUUUCUUUAGCGUGAACGAACGACUGUACUGCAGCGAUAUCUUGAUGUAAACGAAAACGAGCGUAGAAGAAGGAACGUGAAUAAACGAUUGCGAAAACAACAA